AUGAAAGAUACUAGUUUGAAAUUGUGUACUGUAUGUGCAUCAAAUAAUAAUAGAUCAAUGGAAUCUCAUAAAGUACUACAAGAGGCUGGCUAUAAUGUCAAUUCAUACGGUACUGGUUCUGCUGUUAGAUUGCCUGGUCUCUCUAUAGAUAAACCAAAUGUAUAUGCAUUUGGUACCCCAUAUAAUGACAUAUAUAAUGAUUUAUUAUCGCAAUCGUCGGAAAGAUAUAAGGCAAAUGGUUUACUAUCAAUGCUAAAUAGAAAUAGAAAGUUAAAGAAAUUUCCAGAGAAAUGGCAAGAAAAUUUCAAAGUAUUUGAUAUUAUAUUCACUUGUGAAGAAAGAUGUUUUGAUUCUGUAAUAGAAGAUUUAAUGUCUAGAGGAGGUAAAAAAAAUAAAUUGGUACAUGUAAUCAAUGUUGAUAUAAAGGAUGAUAAUGAGAAUGCUAAAAUUGGAGCUAAAUCUAUUUUGAAGUUAACCGAUUUAAUUAAUGAACGUUAUAAAACACAGAAUGAUGAGAAUCUAUUAGAAGAUAAUAUAAUCAGUAUCCUAACAGAAUGGCAAGCUCAAUAUCCGACAUUACCAUGUCUUUACUCGCCCGCAUAUUACUGA